UUUCUUUUUGUAGGCGAUACAUGAGUAAUGUUUACCAAGGUUCUCUAUAUAUAACCUUGUGUCCUACCGUCAGUUAGUAACUCCCUCACCUUUCUGUUAAUAAACACAUUGAAGAUAGCUCCCCCCGCCGUUCCCAGCUCGAGAUUUAAUUUAAGGUGGAUUUAUCAUAAUUCUGGCUUGUAAUGAGUUGGAUUUAUCAGCUGAUUCUCUCUUUGAUAUUGGGUCACGGCAAACAUGACAACUGGUGCCUCAGAGAAUUCAUCGUUCACUUAAAGCACAGAGGGCACACGUUAUUGCAGGAUUUGCCAAGUCAUAAAUUACAAAAAGCGCCCCCUACCGCAGCUACUGCACGACAACAUCUGAAUGCAUUGCUACAAAGAUACUGAGAACCUUUGAUGCUGUCUUGAUACGAUGCACACCAUUUAAAAUCUGGAAAUGACAAGGAUCAAACUUUCAAAAUAGCAUCAAUCACUAUUUUUGAAAAAAAAAGAAGUUGUGCAGAUAAUAUUUUCUGAUAACAGUGAAACGAAUGUAACAGAGCUGACGCAUCGUUCAUAGAUUUCAAGCCUUAUAGUGACCCUGCUGUUAUGUUUAUCAGAACUGCUUUGGGAACCCUUUUGACUUAUUAAUAUGUUAGAGAGAUGUAAUGAGAUAAAGGAUCAACUCUGGUAUCAAUACUGUCAGAACCAAACCUGCACUCACCCCAAGAAUCAGCUGGAGGCGGCACUCAAGUGACGUCAGUAAAUGUAAAACUGCUAUGUAUAAACUCCAAAACGUUUUAUCAGGAUUCAUAGUUAUGUAAAGUUGACUGAUACUGUCAAAGGAGCCAAACUGAAGUGUUUCCACAAGAUGUGUAGAUAUUCUGUGAAUAUUCCACCUGUAACCCUGAUUUGAGAGCAGAGAUCGUUGCGCUUCGUAGUAAGUGAGAAUAUAGCAAGAAAACAUGGCUACCAACAACAAAUUGAUGCAAGAAAUCACUGACCAAUUUUUGCACUGCAAAAUAUGUUUGGAACCUUACAAAAGUCCCAAAACGCUUACCUGCUUACAUACAUUCUGUUCCGAGUGUAUUCAACAACAUGUGGACUCCGAAAACACACGCUCUCGUUAUUCUCUGUACAACCGUCAUGUCACAUGUCCACUUUGUCGCAAACGAACUGAAAUACCGACAGGUGGAGUUAGACGUCUUCCAGACAAUUUCUUAUUGGCAAACUUGACAGAAGUGAUUGACAGAAGACAACCGCUAAAAAUUCCUCCAUGUGAAAUUUGUCACACAGUUAGACCAAGAAGCAAUGACGCAUGUUCAAAAUGUCUCGACUGCUCAAAAUUGCUGUGCAAAGUGUGCGUUGAUUUACAUUUAAGGACAAAAGUGACGCAAAAUCAUAGCCUUAUUGAUGUUGAAGGAGAAAAAGAUAUUGAAUGUAAAGUUCAUCCUGAUGAACUCGUACGAUUCUACUGUGAGCCCUGUGAUGCCUGUAUAUGCGUUGUAUGUACCUUCCAGGAACAUCGAGACCAUGAAAUAUGUUCGUUUAGCGAAGGAUACUCAAAAUACAAGUCCUCACUGGAGUCUCUGCUAAACAAUUGCAAAAGUAGAUAUGAAGUCGUCCAGGACAGAAUCAAUGUUAUGAAUCAGUGCGAAACAACUCUGAAAGAGACACGAGAAAAUAUACGAGACCUAGCCAUCAGUUAUAUCCAGCAGGUCCGAUCCACAGAAAAAGAGCUGUUGAAAGAAGUCGAUUCAUAUUUUGGUGAGAAUAUCAUGAGCUUCUUAGAAAAUAAAGACUGGCUGCAAGAAAAUUUGGAUGGACUUCAAAAUGCAUGCAACUUGACAGACAUUAUAAUGAGGGACAAAGGUGUGGAAAUGUUACUAUUAAAGAAAGACAUGCAGAACAAACUGAUGUCCCUAUUGGAGCCCACUCUUCCAGACCUCCCAGAUGACGUAGCAGUUUUUACGACCAAGAUCAAGUUCAUUCCAGGUGGUGUAAAAUUUGGCAAGCUUACCAUCAACGACAAUUCUGACGAGAACGAAAACUCCGAAUUGUCAAUGGACCUACAAAAGAAUUCAUUUGGUAUCCAAACUGACAACACUUUAAACCAAGAAUGGGCCAAACGUUCAAAAGAAAAUAGCGUACCAACCUUCUCAGAAUCUAGCUCCUUGACUUCUGAUAUGGAAAUCAGUUAUACGUCAGAAAUUGCGAAUUUCCAUGGACACAGCAUGGGCUCACAAGGUAGCCUGAGAUCUAUCACCCCGAUACCGACUGUAGAUGCGUGUAUGCAGACCUACUCAGAUGUUGGUUCAAAAGAAUCUGGUAUCUGCGUGAAGUGUUGUCAAAAUCUACAAUCUGAAGUCAAUAUUGCGUCAUCAAACUAUAAUACUGCACCUUGUGUUCAGGAUGUCAUCGUACUCGACACCACGGAUACAAAUUCAAAGGAGUGGCGAAGGAGGAGACGGAGUUUGAUUCGAAGUAGGCGAGUACAGACUGAUGUUUCAAUGUCAAAUGAAAGUGUUGACCAGAUGAGUCUCUCUGUUCCCAAUUUGCGACAUAUUCCAGAAAGAAGCCUUUCAUGUGGUGCUGUGACAGGGGUUAGUAAACCAGAAACCAGAACAAUUGCACUCGACCCGAUAAUUCUAGAGGCUAUUGAGGAAAGAAAACAAAAGAAAUCUACGAGAGACACAACGACAAUGACAACCUUAGAAAUGAAACCUGUCGUACCGACCCGAAAUGCAGUCACAUGUACAUAUCCAACUCGCACUAGAGAUUCGGAAAUUCAGACCACAGUAGAUUGCAAGACAUCUGAUACUCAAACACCCAAAAUACUUCAAAUCACAAAGAAUGUGGGUACUGAUUAUGCAGGACAGACAGACAAAAGUAUAGGCACGGUUAAAGUCACGUUUAUGGACAGUGAAACAACCAUGCCGACAAUCCAUCAUUCUACUGUUGAAACUUGGACGGAUCCACCAUCAACCACGGACAGAUCAACGUUUACCAUCAGCUGUGAGACAGCAGAUGCAGUGACAGAAAUGACUCCAAUUUCUGUAACAGAUCAGGGUUUGCAGGUAAAACCCAAUCAAAGAGACAUGAACACUUUAACACUUCCAACUAAUGUAUCCAACUGUUGUAUUCAAACUGAUUACUUUGAAACAAGUCAAACACCAACAGGAUCGUCAGAAAAUAGGAAGUCUUGGCAUGGUGGUUUGUUGAGGUUGUUUAAAGGAAAAGGAUCAGUGGAUAGUCGAGGCUCCAAUGACAAACUCUCCAGCCAAUCUAGUUUGACUGAUAUCCUUCCACCUCCGAGUCCUACCUUGGUAGACGCAAGUACGGAAACAUGUUCAGUUGUGUUUUCUGAUAAAGAAACCAGUACUACCAAGGUUAACAAUACAGACCGAUGGACUGAAACGUAUAACCCUGUAAUGAUUAGUACAGGCAUAUCCCCACCUCGACCGGCGACAAUAGACUCCAGCGUUGAAACAAACCCAGUAAUUUUAAUGGACCAAGCGACACAUACGGAGACUGUAAAGCUUAAAGAUUCUACAACAGAGACCACCAUUGUUGUCCAAGAUAACGAAACUUUAACAGAGAGAUUAAAAUUCCAGGAUGCUCAAACAUUUGUGGAGUUUAUGACGGAAUCAAAAGAAACUAACACUGAUGUAAAACAGUUUUCUGAUUGCAGUAUAGGGACGUCUGAUUCACUAAUACAAAGUGGUUCUCUUACAGACAUAUACGUUGGAAAAAGCACAUCUCUGGUGCACAAAUCAACCAAUGUCAGUUUGGAAGAAUUUGUACAACGUGUGGACAUGGCGACAAAUCCCUCGCCACCUAACGUGCACGAACGCGGAACUAUGGCAAUGUCAUUUGGUCAGUCCUCGCUACUGUUCACUGAAAUUUCAACACAAACAUCAUCAAUAAAUCUCUUUGACAAAUCCAUCGGUACAUCGCGAGAAUUCGAACAAAGACCCAUUGAAUGUUGCGAUAUGGCCACCUCAACGGAAUCACUCCCGUACAUCGGUUUAUUAAGCGAGCUAGAGGGGGACGAGCUUUUCCUUAUACCCGAAUCCGCCUUUGACAUUGUAUCAUCGGAACCUUCUAUAGACGAGUUUGGUGAGCCAGUUGAAAUGGUGGAUGAUUACACAUCAACGGAUUUUGCUUCAGAUGCUGAGACAACAACUCAAACGUUCGUGGUUCCUAUUCCCCAGAAAAAAGAAGAAAAUAUCCAUGAGCCUGAAGUAUGGAAACACUCGAAAAGAAAAGACAAAGAAGGGAAAGAACUUGUGGAUGUAUGUACAAAUACAUUACCAAAACUGACAUUUGAAAAGGAAACAUCCACACCAAUACGUCAUCUUUUUUCAAAAGGAACAAUGACAUUUUACAUCGCAAAAUCAGACAAGUCAACUAGCACCUUUAGUAAUUCUCGACAGAUUGCAGAGAACGUUUUCGGGAACAAGGCUAUACAUGAUACAGCCAAUAAAUUAACAAUGACUCCCAAGAUAGAGGUUACAGAUGCUACUACCCUUACGGAAUCGACCGCACCGCCGGAAGGAAAAAUGGCCGCCUGUAUUUCUAAAUUACAAAAGGUGUCAGAGCGAUUACAAAGUCCUACACAAAAGAAUAUGCCUGAUGUACCUUGGAAAACCUCCUCAGACGAUCAACUGUCAAGCAAAGAUGAUCUAACUGAACAUGCCGAUAACGCUGAACGAGAGCGGCAGAAAAAUGUCCAACAGUUAUUAGCAAAAUCUAAUAGUGUUGGAAAAACAAGGAAAGGUGACAGAAAACCACAACCUAUAACAACGCUAAAGGGAAAGACAUUGUCACCUCCAGAAGAAUCCACGAAGAAAGCGAAAAGCCUUCCUCGAGAUGGAGAUGAAAAUAAUGUGAUGUUACCACCUGGAAGUCCCAAUACCGGUGAUAAAAUGCCAAGAUAUAAUUCUGCUCCUGGAAAAAUUGCGACCGUACCAAAUCAGAAAUAUAAGAGCAAACAUGCACAACAAAAGAAAUCGCCAAGCCGAAUACCUGUUCAUACAGGCAGUAACUCUUCACUGGAUAAAACACCUGUUGUUAGACCUAAAUUCCCAAAAGGUAACCCCCCUUUGAGUUCUUCUAGACCUUCCUCUACGGAAUCCGAAUCUACAGCGUCAUUUAUUUCGUCACCGUCAGACAGUUCGUUUAUUUCGAAUGACGCCAAGAUGGAUUUCUCCUCAUUGAAGAUUGAUCCGAAUAAAACACCAUCAUCUCUUCCAUUGGGAAAAGAGAAGGUAGAUGAUACUUCGGCAAAGAAAUCUUCCUCUGAUAAGAAGGUUGGCUCUAACGUCAGCUUUAUGCAGAAACUAUUUUCGAAGAAGAAGAAAUAUCCCGACCCUGUUAAAAACCUACCAAACACUAACGGUAAAGAACCAAAACAGUUUCCUAAAGAGGAACCUGUUCCAGCAAAGGAACCAACAGAACCGCAGAAGCCGAAACCUUUUGUUUAUAUUCGCCAAAGAUACAUGUCAAUUCAACACGAUAACGAGGAAAACCCUGAGGGCGAAUCGUCAGAAGGAAAUCCUGCUAAACCUGCAGCACCCACAAAGAAAGACCGUGAUAAGAAGCAAUCUGAAAAGUCUACUCCAAAACUGACCCCAAAACGGUCGCAAUCAAGCAGGAAGUCGAGGCCAAAGUCUAAAGAAAUAAAACAAAAGGAAGGGAACAAUCAAUCGGAUUCACGUCCGUUGUCAUCUUAUGAUAAUCUGUGAUAUUCUUAAAACGCAUCAGCAAAAUGUUAAUGUCGACGUGUUCACCAUUCAAAAUACUUAGGUAAAUUAAUUUACAUGUACAGGUUAGAUUAAACUCCCCACAGUUGACACAUUCAUGAAUUUUGAGUUUAAUGUGAUAUACAUCUUCAGGUAGUCAACGUUAUAUAUUAUGUAGCUCAUAGAAUCCGUCCUGUCAUAUUACAAGUGUGUAUCAUCCAUUGCAAGACAAAAUUGUAGAUGGACUUCUAUUUAUACUUUAUAGAAAUCUAAUGACAUACGAUCCUUUCCCGAAGAGAAGACCCUCAAUCGUGUUUUAAAUGGAAGUCAUAUUUGAACUUUUUGAAUAAUUACGAUUUAUUUAAUCAUAUGUGUUUAAACUGAUGUUACAUGAUGCAUACACUUGCUUUUGAUAUACUCCAAUGAAUUACAAACCAUCACUUCCCUCUGUACUGUAUUUCCUCAUAGAGUUAACAAUAUACUCAACAUAUACUGUGGAAUCAUUUAAAUUUGUGGGAACCAAUUUUCGUGGAUUGUGGAGAGUUAAAUGUUUGAUUGGAUGUAAUUUCAUGUAUAUGGUUCUGAACAUUGCAAAAUUGCAUUAUUUUUGUAUUUUGUUGUGGCUUGAAAUUCGUGGAAUACGGGUACCCACAAACUCCACGAAAAUUGAAACCCUACAUUUAUUCUUUCCUCAGCAGUCAUUUCAUCGUUACACUAUAUUACUAGUAUGUUUCGUUCACGUCUUUUUCACUGUAAUCAAAAUUUGUUUUGUUCAGGAUUAGAGAGUUUUAAAAAAAAAUCUACUGCGAUGAAUAAAUCACUGAAAAAAAAUAUAAA